UAUUUCUUCUAAAUACACCGAACAAAUAGUAUUAUGCUGACAAGUACCGGAGGACAACGCCGUUUUUUCUAAUAUGACGUCAUUACUGCGCGCCUCGCCUCGGCGCUAACGUUAGCGAGACAGGACCGCAGUGCCGAAUGAGACUGACUCGUCUGCGCUAAUUUAACGCUCCGGUACCCGCCCGCUGAUGUCUCAACAACCGCAACCCUCGUUGCCCUCCGGCCCGGACUCCCCCGCGCUCCUGGUCACCAGCAACGUGCAGAAGUACGCCAUCAAGAAGAAGAAGGUCCUGAGCGCUGAAGAAGCAGAGCUGUUCGAGCUCACCCAGGCCGCGGGCAUCACUGUGGACCAGGAGGUCUUCAAGAUCAUCGUGGACCUGUUAAAGAUGAACGUGGCUCCCCAGGCGGUCUUCCAGACCCUGAAGGCCAUGUGCGCGGGCCAGAGGCUCGCUGAAGGCUUCGGGGAGUCUUCAACCGCCGCCGGCAUCGCCACGGCGCCCGCCGAGGUCAGAGAGGACUGUUCGCUCUCUGGGAAGAGCCCUAAGCCGCCUGCAGCCGCCCCCCCGGCGUCCGGCUCCAGAGCCCCCAGAGUCGGCACUAAGGUUGUGGUCUACGGCCCCCAAGACGCUAGUUCUCCUCACUCUCAAGUGCGCAGCAGCAAAGGCGCCGCGGCCCCCGGCGAGAGGAGCCGAGAGGCCUCCGGCCAGCGGGCGCAGCGGCAGCCCAGCGCCACCAGGGGGCAGAAGACCAAGAGCUCGGGCAGCAGUAGCUCCUCCUCCCAGAUAAACUCAACGUGACGUCGCCCUGUCUGUAAAUACAUGCUCUUCUUUACCUUUUCAGUUCCCCCCCCCCAAAAAAAGAUGCCUUCUACGUCCACACGAUGGCGGCGGAUGGAUCACAGCAUGUAAACAUGUAAACACUCGUUCCGCUGAUCCUGAAACAUGUGCCUGUUUGCAGUGCAGCCACGGACGUUCCUCUAAUACCUUUAACUUCAUGCUUGAUGCAGUUUUUAUAAGAUCUGGUCCGGCGUGAGGUCCUUCCGUCCUUCAAAGUUCUACAUUCCACUUUCUGUAAUGGAGGAAAAACAACAUGUCAUAACUUAUUUAGAUUUUUCUACUUUAUUCAGUGUGCAACUUUUUUUAUAUAUUCAUCUUAAAUAAAUCCAAUAACUAUCUUC